AUGGAAUUCUACAAGUCUUGUGUUGAUAUACUGGUGCUCGGUAUCCUUGGAGCGAUGCAGAUUCGUUUUUUUCCCAUCGUUCGCGAUUCCCCCCUGCGAACAAUGGAAUUUGCCGACGGAAAUCGUCAAUAUGCUUUUCUCCUGAAAUAUGUCGCCCCACAAGCCUCCCUCUUCGGUGACAUAUCAGGCAGUGAGUCGCUAUUCAACAACACUCGUGUUUACGGAACCAUUCUCUGUUUCUUGGUUAUGGUUUGUGUCUUCAUUGGUAUUCGCUUUGUAAGUAAGUUUGCCGUCCUCAGCCUCGCCGCCGUCCUCAUCUCCAUCCUCUGCAUCUACAUCGGGAUUUUCGUUGCCAGUCCAGCCCGCAGCCCACUGUAA